UUGGUUUUGGUUUUGUGACGCAGCGUGCGUGGAAAGUCCCUCCUUUCUCUAUGGUCCCUCGGCUACACCCGUGUGUUUGAUUGUGCAGUGUUUCCUUAUAUAACUUACCAUCACAGCUGUGGUGCUUUGGCAGAGUAAAACUAUGAAACGUGCCGCUUGCAGCUUGCCACGUCUGCUUGGACGAAGGCAUGCUUACAAUUCCUUUUUAGUGACUGGCCGGUCUCUCGCGCAAGGAAACAACGGAGAGGUGCAAGACCAUGGUAACGCACAUGAACAAGGUCCCUUGUAUCCCGGCCACAUACCAACAACUUUGGCUCAGAAGGCUCUCAUAUCAGUCGGUUCUGCGCUUGCCGCUUUAACGGACCCAUUUAGGGAUGACAUGGUGGCCGUCUUUGGAGAAAUAACAGGAGCGUACGCUUUCCGGAAUUUGCACAGAAUUAUGUCUUAUGACGAGGAAGGCCGACAGAUAUUAAGAGACCGGCCGAGAAUCAACACUCGCACGGUGGAUUUGGACUACCUUAGCCGCCUUCCUGAUUACACUUUCGGCUACACAUACUAUCGGUUCCUGCAUGACAACAAUGUGACACCUGACUCUAGGCUUCCUGUGCAGUUUGUUGAUGACGCCGAGUUGGCUUAUGUGGCUCAGAGGUAUCGCGAGGUGCAUGAUCUGAUCCACGCAAUCCUUGAAAUGCCAAUCCACAUGCUGGGUGAAGUGACUGUCAAAUGGGUUGAAGCUAUCCACACUAAGCUGCCCAUGUGCUCAACUGGUGGACUUUUUGGAGCAAUGCGUCUGAAGCCAAAACAACGCCGAGACUACAUCAAUGUUCAUCUGCCUUGGGCCCUGCGUGUAGGAUUCAGUGCUAAGAACCUCAUGUGUGUCUACUAUGAGAAGCACUGGGAGGAACCCCUGUCUGAGUUGCAGCAAAAAUUGCAGAUCGAGCCCUUUCCACGGCACACUCAUCAUCAGACUGGUGGAGGUAAUGCAGUGCAACAGAAUCCAGCACGCAGAAGAAAAUAAAAAACAGUCUUGAAGAAGGUGUGGCUGAGGAAGAUGUGAACUAAACAUACCAUUGUAUGAACACAACAACAACAACGCCAAAAAAGACUCUUCUGCCUUUCCAUGUCAUUGUCCAGAGCAUGCCUUGAAGAAUAAAUGCACUGGUAGUGCACAUUGAUGUUUCAGUAUGUCACCACAAUAAGAAAGCUGAAUUGUCCUCUC